CUAUGUAAACAACAUGGAUUCCGAGGAGCAUCUGGAACAUAGAUAAAAUUUUAUUUAUCCUCUUAGACACUCAAUUUUUUAAUCAUGUAGUACAUUAAAACAAAUUCUAUCGUUAAAAUGGGUUCAAGAAUUCGCAGUCGUGGCCAUACAGGUCGAGAACGUACGCAUUUCGACAUCCAAGUUCGACUUUUUACAGACGAUAAAUUUCCUCUGAAACAUAUUGCUGGGGAUAUGAAAAUUUCUGAACUAAAACGAUAUAUGGAAUUUGCUGCAGGAAUUCCCGUGCACAUGCAAAAAAUUAGUUAUCUUGAUGCAGGUGAGUUAUUGGAAAAUUCAACAAUUCGGAGCAAUGAUAUUGUGCCAGGUGCCACAUUAAAUCUUGGUGUUUGGCCAAUGUGGCGAGACCUCAUAGAAGCUGUCUCUCUUAACGACAUUGACUGGGUUUUCAGUCUUGGUGUAACAAAUCCCACAUCUUAUAAAACGCCACAUAGUGAUUAUAUGACAAAGAAAGCCAGAAAAGCAUGGUUAGAGGAAAGGGCAUUUCUAGCUCUCUAUAUAGCUGCUCACCGUGGCCAUGAAAAAUUAGUCAAACGACUGAUAGAAGCAGGAACAGACUUAAAUGCCUGCACUCCAUGUGGUCGAACAGCCCUGCAUGUAGCAGCUUCUCAGGGACGUGGCAAUAUUGUGGAUAUUCUUUUAGAGAAAGGUGCUGACAUUGAUGCAGAAGAUGAGGAUGGUGCCACAGCAUUGUCCAUAGCAGCUAAGUUUAAUCACAAGAGUUGUGAGAGACAUUUAUUCCUUUUCCGCUGGCAAGAAAGAGCAAAGAGGACCAAGCCAAGUGAGGAACCAGAUCGCAUGGCUCAUCAGUUUUUUGACUCGGCAUUCCCAGUGUGGAUGAAGGGUGAAAGGUGCCAGCUUUAUAUGACUAACAUUCUGCCCCCAGGAGAGUUUGAGGGAACUAGGUUAGGGUCUCCAAAAAAGAAAGUCCGAAAUCGUUGCUUUACUGAGGAGGAGUUAAAAUCAUUAGAGCGACCAAGAACAGAGGAGAGUUUUGAAAUAGAUGCUGAUGCUUUUGAUGAAGAUGGUAACUACAAGCUUCCAGUAAUAAGAGAGGAGAGACAAAAAACUAAAUCAAGUAUGAAGUCAAGUGUUUCUUAUGAUGAGUGGUUAAAAAAGAAGAAGGCAGUAGAACAGCGAGCCAUUGAUAUCAAGAAAGCAGCAGAGGAGAAGAUUCGCCAGGAGGAAGAAGAACGUGAUCCCGAGCUGAGAAGAAAACGCUUGGAGGCUGAAAAAUCGCAGUCAUAUGAGACGUGGCUAGCUCAAAGAGAAGUAGAGAAAAAGAAAGUAGAAUUUCAGCGUCAAAAGGACGACAUGCCUAUCGCUGAACGAGGCCCGGGGGCCCUGAGGGCCUACCUCCGGUCCCUGGGGAAAACUCGUGCGGGCGAUACGUACGAGGAUUGGCUGGACCAAAAAGAGACGGAGCUGAAUUUGUACGGUGAGAGAGUCAAAUCAUCCAAACCAUUAGCCGUCUAAUAUUAUGGAGGAAAUCAAGAACAAAGCUCGGUGUUGGACAAUUGUUAUAGAGCUUAUACAUGUAUUUCUGACUUUAAAGUGGACUAGUAUGUGUACUUUUAUCAACAAACUAUAUGAACAUCUGAAGUAGUAUUUGAAAAUCAUGAGAAAAACUAUCUCUGCAAUAUUGAGGAGUAUAAAUAAUUUUAAUUUAUUUAUCUGUGUACAAAG